AUGGCUGUAUAUGGCGAAGAACAGGUGAUCCAGCGAGAUCCAGCGCUGUUCUACUGGAUCCUGCUGCCCAUCACGGUUGUAAUGAUUCUCACAGGUGUCCUACGACACUACGCAACGAUUCUCCUACAAACCCCACCUAAGCCGCCUGCUCAUCCCACCGAAGCUCGUGAGAGACAAGCACUUCAGCAGUCUGCCAUUCUCAGAUCGAAUCUGCCAGCGUCGGGGUUGUCAAACGCUGGGUUCUCAAUACGGAAGGACUACCUGAUCGACAACUACAAGAAGGGCACAUUUCUGAAGAAUGGUCCAGAGUCAAGAGGACAGGCACAACCGAAUCCAAUGUCUGAUCCUGCUGCCAUGGAGGGCAUGAUGGGUAUGAUGAAGGGGAAUAUGGCCAUGAUGAUUCCGCAGACAUUGAUCAUGUCCUGGAUCAACGCCUUCUUCGCAGGAUUCGUCAUUCUGAAGCUGCCAUUCCCGCUUACUAUUCGCUUCAAGCAGAUGUUGCAGGCUGGUGUGAUGACAAGAGACUUAGAUAGUGUUUUCAUCUUCAUCCUGGGGAAUGACAAUGCUGCAAGUCAGGUCACGCAGCAAAUGGCUAUGUCGAAUCCUAUGGGAGCAGGCGGUGGUGGCGGGCCCAUGCAGCCUGGACAGGAUCCAGAUAAGAUGUUCCUAGCAGAAGCCGAGAAUCUGGAGGUUAUAGAGUGGUGGAGUGUGCUUGAUGGCGUUGAGGAAAGGAUUCUGGCGAGUGGUUGA